GGUAAUUGUGAGGUGCGCCAACUUGAAGCGGGAAGGAGGGAGGAGGUGGCGGCAUCACAGCGGCUUGGGCCCCACUCAUUGGCUGUGCGGAGCUGACCCGCCCAAGGCUGGAGCUACAGCACGGCCGGCCAAAGGGGCCUUCAGCACACGCGCAGAUUCUCUCGCCGGCUUCCUUUCCGACUGCGGUGUAACGCCUCCUCGGCUGCUUUUAACCUUCGAGUGAAGGAAUCGGAUGGCAGUGGGACCUGCCUGCUACACCUAGCGGGCGGGGGGGGGGGAACGGAGACUGGCUUCCCUCCCGCCCACCAGAGAAUCGCAGUCUGGCAGAUUUCUGCAACAUCGCCUGUGAAAUAUUCAACUGAGACUAAAGCAUCUCGCCACUGCUGUCCGUCGUACCAAGCACAGCAAUGAGAAGACAUUUAAGACUCCGCCGAAGGUGUUAAUGCAAGCUUUGCCAGGGAAUUAAACAGAUGUUUAAAGGCUACAUCUUAUAGCAAUAUGGCUCGGGAAUUAUUGAUCUUUAUGUGAUACAUCUUUCAAGCUCUUCUGAGUAGCUUACAAUCUUCAAAGAUGGACACAAUGAAGCUAAAGCAUAAUAUGAAUCCAUUUCUUCUUUACAUUAUAAACUUUGUAAUCUUGCUUUAUACAUUUAUAACUUUUAUUCCAUGGUAUUUAUUUUCUGGAGCAAGACAUGCCAUAGCCAAGUCAAGGCAAAUUAAAGCUAAACCUGUGAAUAGCAGGCCAGGCAGUGCAUACAGAUCAGUUAACAGUUUGCAUUGCUUAGCAUCUGUAUUAUACCCUGGAUGUGAUACACUUGACAAAGCUUUCAAGUAUGCUAGAAGUAAAUUUAAGGACGGAAAACUCUUGGGAACACGGGAAGUCUUGAAGGAGGAAGAUGAAAUCCAGCCAUCUGGAAAAGUUUUUAAAAAGGUCAUUCUUGGAAAAUAUCACUGGCUCUCAUAUGAUGAUGUUUUCAAUAGAGCUAAAAAAUUUGGAGAUGGAUUAACUGUGUUGGGCCAGCAACCAAAGACAAACAUUGCCAUUUUCUGUGAAACUAGAGCAGAGUGGAUGAUCGUUGCUCAAGCUUGCUUCAUGAACAACUUCCAACUUGUUACACUUUAUGCCACUCUGGGAGGCCCUGCAGUAGUACAUGGAUUAAAUGAAACUGAGGUGACAACCAUUAUCACUAGCAAAGAACUGAUGCAAACAAAACUGAAGAGUAUUGCUUCUCAGGUUCCUUUACUGCGUCAUAUUAUUACUGUGGAUGGCAAACCAACAACAUGGUCAGAAUUCCCCAAAGGUGUAAUUGUUCACACUAUGGGAUCUGUUGAAGCUAUGGGAGAGAAAACAGAACAUAUACCAGCCAACAAACAGAAGCUGACACCACAGCCCUCAGACAUUGCUGUAAUUAUGUAUACAAGUGGUUCUACAGGUGUUCCGAAAGGCGUUAUGAUCUCGCAUUGUAAUCUUAUUUCUGGUAUAACUGGGAUGGCUGAAAGGAUUCCUAAUCUGGGAGAGAAAGAUACUUACAUUGGGUACUUGCCUCUUGCUCAUGUUUUGGAGUUAAGCGCUGAACUUGUUUGUUUGGCCCAUGGAUGCCGUAUUGGCUACUCAUCACCUCAGACGCUAAGCGAUCAGUCCUCUAAAAUAAAGAAAGGAAGUAAAGGUGAUGUUUCUGCACUGAAGCCAACUCUAAUGGCAGCUGUGCCGGAAAUCAUGGAUCGAAUCUACAAAAAUGUCAUGAAUCGAGUUAAUGAAAUGUCCAAUUUCCAACAUAAUCUGUUUAUAUUGGCUUAUAAUUACAAGAUGGAACAGAUUUCAAAAGGCUAUACUACUCCACUGUGUGACAGACUUAUUUUCCGGAAAGUCCGGAUGCUGCUAGGUGGAAAGAUUCGGGUCAUGUUGUGUGGAGGAGCUCCACUUUCUGCGGCAACUCAGAGAUUCAUGAACAUCUGUUUUUGUUGCCCUGUGGGCCAGGGCUAUGGACUAACAGAAUCCUCUGGGGCUGGAACGAUAACAGAAGUUUGGGACUACACAACAGGCAGAGUGGGAGCACCCUUGGUUUGCUGUGAAAUUAAACUAAUGAAUUGGAUAGAAGGUGGAUACUAUAACACAGAUAAACCAUAUCCUAGAGGUGAGAUUGUUAUGGGAGGCCAAAACAUUACUCUGGGCUACUACAAAAAUGAAGAACGGUCCCGAAAUGAUUUCAUGGUAGAUGAGAAUGGACAGAGAUGGCUCUACACUGGAGACAUUGGGGAAUUCCAGUCAGAUGGGUGUCUAAAAAUUAUUGAUCGUAAAAAAGACCUUGUAAAACUUCAAGCGGGAGAAUAUGUUUCUCUUGGUAAAGUUGAAGCAGCUUUGAAGAAUCUUCCAUUGGUUGAUAAUAUUUGUAUAUAUGCAAGCAGUUUCCAGUCUUACGUGAUUGGAUUUGUUGUGCCAAACCAUAAAGAACUUAAAGAGCUAGCACGAAAGAAAGGAUUUAAAGGAACCUUGGAAGAGAUAUGUAACAGUCCUGAAAUGGAGAAAGAAGUACAGAAGAUUUUAGGUGAAGCUGCUAGCAGAGCUAAUCUGGAGAAAUUUGAAAUCCCGAUCAAAAUUCGUUUGAGUCCUGAACCUUGGACCCCAGAGAUGGGCUUGGUGACAGAUGCCUUCAAACUAAAACGCAAAGAGCUUACUGCACACUACCAGGAAGAUAUUAAUCGAAUGUAUGGAACAAAAGCAAAAUAAUUUUUUUUUUUUGCACCACUUUUGUAUGGUGAGCUCAGAUCAAAUAGGAAAUACUUGAAUCACAUGUCUCAUCACUUGGGACCAACAUAAAAAACAUCUUUACAGCUUGCGCUGUUUCUUCUGAUAAUAUCAGCAUCUUUAACUGGCAGGAUUAGUAAAAUGUUAAGGCAGAAAACUUGUGUUUGUCUCCUUUUUCCCCCUCAGUUUUUUCUGCUACCUUGUCAGUGCGUGGAUUUUCCUAAAAGUCCUUUUGGACUAACAUGAUUUUGAAGCCUCAAAUUUUUAAACCUGAUUUAUAAAACCUGUAUAAUGUUCCAUUUGUAACUUUUUGAAGUUUGGAUAUAUAGAGGGAUAACUUGGCUAUAUACAAAAUAAUUAGUUUGGGGGCCUUUUUUAACAUAAAUAUUUAAAUAUUAAAGAGGUAUCAAUAUGAAAUUAUGUGCAAUGAAAUGACUUAUAGGUGAAAAUCAUUGUUGGCCAGAACACCAGAUUAUUUGUUGCUGUGCAAUUGUUUUGUAUAAAAUUGCAAGAGAAAUAGUCUGACAUUCUGACUUGUAAAAUAACAGCUGAAGUGUGUGCCUGACAAUUUCCUCCUACAUAUAUAUUUUAUUUUUAUCUGAAAAAAGGAAAAAUGGUCAUGGCAAAGUGCUGUACAUAAGCAGGCAUUCCUGUAAAACAAGGUGUAAUAAGGCUUUAGUCAUGCACAGUAUGCUCUAACACAGCAGAUUACACCUGUGAAUAAUAAUCUGUCUAACAGAGGUAGUUCACUUUUCAAAAUAUAUUGAGGCUGUUUUAUAAUGAAAUUGAAUUGCUGAAACUAGUGAGAACUCAGUUUUAAAUGAAUUGCGUUCUGAUUGACAAUUUCCUUUACUAAAGUGGGACUUUUAUUUGUGUUUAUUUUAUCUGCUUUACAAUUCAGGCUGCUUCUCUUUUGUUCCAUGUUUGUGUAAAUCAACAGUUACAGUUCAGUUCAGGCCUAGCUGAAGCCUAAAUGUUUUAAGAACACAAUUCAUUGUGACCUUUCCCUGAACAAGCCCAGCCAAACUAGAUCUAACUUGCAUUCUUACAUAUGUCUCAUUUUGGAGGGGUUUUGCACAAGAUAAAUACAUGGUGGAUUGUGCCCUUUGAGAACAAUUUUCAAUGUGCUGAUGAUGAUUUGUAUACUCUGCCUCAGUGUCAUGGGUACUGAUGGAAAUGUUGUCUUUAAUUACCAAGUUGAUGGAAUCUUAUUCUCGAGCACAGUUGCUUGAACAUACAACUCACUGCUUUUUAUAAAACAUUCUUCCAGGUUAACUAUUUAAGAGAGUAACCUGAAUUGCAUUUUUGAUGUUUUCAUCAUUGUUGUGCCCAUAAUCUUAAGUUUGAAAAUGAGUUCCAUUGUGUAGUUCAUUACGAAUUCUACUGUGAAAUGUUUGGCUCCAGUUUACCUACUGUGAUGCCCACACAGAUUAACUGUAAAAGCAGAAAUGGACUGACUGCAGAAUUGGGGAAAGCACAGCACAGGCAAUGGAAUGGACAUGCAGUGCUUUUUCCUGACAUUAAAGAGAUGGUACAGGCCUUGCUAAUUCAGUUCUGUGUAGGCAUCUGAGAUUCAUGGAAUUCCAGAUUAUGAUGAUGUGUUGAGAAAGUUUUAAGUGCCACUUAAGGUCUAAAUUUGGAAAACCUUUUGAGAUUCGGUUUACCUAUCUCGCCUUCCCCAGUAUAAUAUUACAAAUAUAUUGCUAUGGGCAGCUUGAGAAUAUAAAAGAUAUGGGGUGAUAUCCAAUUGUAGCAUCCUACAAAUGAGACUUCUCCUUCUUUACCUUUGUGACCCCUAAAUCUGCACUGUUGGGUUGGGGGAACCCUUUGGAGCAGAUGGGGGAAGGAAGGGGAAGUCUCAGUGUCACACCAGCAGAUGUGAUUGAUCUCUCCCAUAUAUCAGUAAAUAUUGUUAAGUGUGGAAGAGAUUUUUAUUUCAAAGGAUUUACUUUCUUUCCUAUGAAGUUACAAAAACAGUGGUCUUGGAUCUGUAUCUUGGUAGCAGGGCAUUGGAGAUUCAAACUUUGCACACUUUCCAGCCGCAUUAAGUACUUUUAAACUCAUUUAUUUGAUUUCAGUGGAAAAUGUAAACUUCCUUGCUUCUCUCCCACUGAAAACAAUGGGACUUAAAAUGCUCAACUUUGGCUGGAUUGUGCUCAUCCUUUACUUGAAAAUAUCCAUGGCAUCUGAUUCUUAAAAAGCUUUAAUUUGGGAGGUAAAGUUACUGUUGCAACUUAAUUAGAAAAAUGUCUAGAAAUAUACAUAGAGUAAUACUUUCUCCUAAUAUGUGGGUUUCUAUUGCAAAGUGUUAAGUUACUGUGGUUAAAAUGAGUUGGCUCACAAAGAUAUUACUGUAUUCCUUGGGAACUCAACCAGUAUGCUAGGGCUUUGCAUUGGGUUUCUUCUUUUUAAGCCAUGGAAUGAAAUUGGCUGGUGGAAUUAUCUAAACCAGCUUUCACCAACCUGGUAUUCUCCAUAUGUUCUGGAUUUAGAUAACUUCCAUCAGCCCCAAUUAGCAUGUCCAACCUUCAGGAAUGAUGGCAGUUGUAGUUCAACAAAAUCUGGUGGGACCAGGGUGGAGAUGCCUGAUCUAAACUGAGGUACAAGAUCACACAGUAGUUGAAGUUUUUUUAUUUUAUUUUCAAAAUUAUUUUUGUUAUAAUUAAACAUUAUUGCAUUUAAGUUGCCUUGGCAGUGAAAACUCAUUUGGGUAAUAAUAUAUUAGAUGGGUGUUUUAAAUAUUUUGUGCUUCUUGAAUUUAUGGAAUUCAUAUAUAUCUAGUUUUUGUAUUGGGUUAAACAUUUUGUGUGCAUACUUUAUGAUUUGGGGGAGUAGCAUUUGUGAUACAAUUCAAAACUAAAUCCUCUGGGUGAUGUUCAAUUCAUAUUCAGAGUAGAUUCAUUGAAAUCUAUGGACUGGUUACUUAAGUCCAUUGAUUUCAACAGGUCUACUCUGAGAAUGGCUAACAUUGGAUAUUGCUCUCUAUGUUUUAGAAAUGUUAGAUGAGAGUUAUCUAAUUCCAUGGGUUCGAUCCAUGUCACUAAUACUGCUGGAUUUUUGAAUGGAUACUAACAUACCUUUGAGAAUUCUUACAAAUUAGUUUUCUGAGCAUCACUGUGCAUUCUUCAUUGGAGAAAUGUUGUAUAUGACAGCUAUUCUUGUUCACAGUGAAGGAACCAAAUGGCUCCUUCCGUGUGGUUACAUGGAAUAUCUUAUGAUUUCCACUGAAUAGUUUUCAUGCAUGAGUUCUACAUAAUUUUUAGAUUCAGGUACUAAAGCAGAGAACCAAAGUAAAAGACUAUGGGCCAUAAAUAGUCUUUGAUCACCAAAAUUAAAAAGCAGGAGAGCUUUUUUUUUGCAGUCUUUUGCUCUAUUUUCAUUAUUUGUGUUGCAAUACCUUCUAGGCUGUUGAACUAUGAGCAUUCUCUCAUCCCUCUGACUGUAUGCCAUCAUGGCUGCUCUGGAGUUGGACUGGAAGUAGAACACAAGUAGGCCCUUUUUUAGCAACUAGACCUAGAAACAUAAUUUUGUAGCUACAAAACCUUAAAAGUCUUGUCAUUAAAAGACAGCAUCUUGUAAAUUUAAGAUUAAUAGUCGUUUGCUAGACAUUAUACUGCAGAUGUGUGAGAAUAUCUUCCAAUUUUAAAAAAAGGCUUAAUUGUUGCAAAAGGCUGCAGUCUUGAGAAAAUGGUAGAGGGAAAGGGCUUGCUUAACCAUCACCCUUCCAGUUGUUUUCUGCUUACCCCCUCUCCACUAUUACUGCUUUUCCAGCCACAUUGCAAAAAGAUAUUUUGAAAAGUAAUUUAGGAGUGGGGCCAUUUUAAGUUGAGAAGUGGCUGGAAGGAGACAGUGUUCAGCAAUUCCUCCCCCUGCUGUUUUUUUGCUCAAAAUUAGAGCUCCCUCUGGUGCUUCCCCCCCUCCCAUUUUGCAAAAUAAUUAGGAGAUUGUUAUAUACAUCUGCUACAUGCUACUUUGCCCCUUUAAUCCAAGGCACCUCUGGGAUCAUUCAUUUCCUGUUCCAAUGAAAAGAAGUAGCUAUGAAAAAUGGAUUUCAGCAUUAAAGGUGAUUAAGGCUUCUUUCACGCCUACCGGUUGCCAAAGGGGAUAUAUUUUUCCAUCAUAGGAUUCUAUGUCACUGUGGUAUCUGGUGAAUAAAGUGAGCAUUCAGAUGUGAGUGAUCAUAUGGGUCUUGCCCACCUGACUUCCCAUUGGAAGCUGGAUUUAAAACCACGCAGGUUCUGACCACAAGAAUGUGACUCCCACAUGACUGUGGAUGUGUGAAGGGGGCCAGAGUCAUCUAAGAUAGUAACUAUGGGAAAAUAUAACAUAAGGGUGCCACAUUCUGUAUUAUGUUUAUACUUUAAAAAAAAGGUCAGGGUUUAAAAACAAAUAUAUUUUGACCCCAGAUAUUGCAUGUAUCCUGUAACAAGGAGAAGCAAAGCUUCUUGUGGAAGUGGAUGUAAAAGAAAUUGCCCAAAUACUGCUUCUGCCUGUCAUCCAUUGCACCAAGAUCUGUGAGGUAGCCCCAUGUAAAUUCCAUAGAAAAGAAUAAAGCAGCAGUGAUUGCACCCAUUGUCAGGAAACACUUUUACAUGAUUUUGCUGCUGUCAAUGCAGUUUACAGAUAAUACAUCUAUUUACCUCAAGGGGAAGCUGUCUUUAGCAGGAAAAUGUUUUGCUGAAGUUAAAGCUAAAAGCAGUGUGCAAUUAAAACUCAAAAUGAAGCCUACAAGUUCUCACUUUCUAGUAAAGAUGAGAAAAAUAUACGGAGUUGAAAUACCAAGGUGUUCCAUUCUAUAAAGCCUGAGAAUUUAUGCAGCUAAUUCAACAGAAUAGAAAUCCUUAGAAAAUAACUGCAAAAAUUCACAAGCUAAAGGUUUUUUUCUUCCUGCUUUAAGACUUCCACUUCACCAAUUUUGAUAAAUUUCUUAAAUGUUUACUUUUAAGUAAAUGUAAUGUGUUUGGUGUUCUGGGCCUGUAAGAAAAUGGUUUGCAUCUGUUGACUUCUGAAAUGGCAGAAGGAGGGAGCUUUUUAAAAGGUUGUGCACAUAUUAGACCAAGCUGAAAAUGUAACUGGAUGACCAGUUGUUUGUUACAGUAAUUGGUUAUUUAAUGUAAAUUCAUUAAUCUUGGUUGUUAUUCUGAACUGCCUGAAAAAUGUGUCUAUCAUAACUGAGUUAUAGUGUGUGAAUUAUUUAUUUGUAAUUGGACAUUUACACUUCAAAAAUAAAAUUAAAAUUGAGUUUCACAAGUUAA